CGGCGCCGCUACGACAGCGAGGACCCCUUCGUCGUCCUCGGCGUGCCGCGCGACGCCGAGGUGUCGGCCAUCAAGCGCGCCUACCGCGAGCUUUCGAAGGCGCACCAUCCGGACCGCGGCGGCGACGAGGCCGUCUUCGUCAAGGUCGCGCGCGCCUACGAGGCCGUCGGCGACGACGACGCAAAGCGCCGCUUCCUCGAG